AUGCCGAGAGUAGCAGCGCCAAAACCUUCUUCGCCGCAUUUCUCGAGUCCAAUCCUUGUCCGCCUCUCCGCACUUCACCGAGGACUACCCCAACCUGCUCCUGCUAUUAAAGGCACCACCGUCGCCGACAUUCAGGUAUUCGCCCCUCUCGCCACCCCGGCUGUGCUCUCGGCGGUUUUGGAGAUUCGUCUCCCUGUUUCCGAGUUCUGGAAGCUGGUCGUGGAGGAGGAUGAUGGGGACGUGCGGGACAAGGAGAAGGAGAAGUCCGGGAAGACCCCGGCCAAGGUCCGGUUCACUUGCCUCGCGGACAUCCUGUCCGCUUGGCUGGCUUACGCCCAGAUCAGGGACCAGGUCGAGGCGGGUAUGGCCAAGUUCCUCCUGGGCCACGCCCAUAUCCUCAUGCGGCUCGACCGAGACAACCCGGGCGAAUUCCCGGCCGUCCUCAACUAUCAUCUUAAGACCGCCCAGCGCCGCCUCCACGUCGGCGCGGACUUCCCCCUCGCAGACUGGCUCAAGUGGGAUUCCGAAGCUUUCGGACGGGACUUCCAAAGCUUCGCCAACGCCUACGCCGCUGCCCGCGCCAUUGUCCCUACCCCUUCUAUCCCCAGUGGCCGGCAAUCCGUCUCGGUUUAUCGUUCCCCCGCGUCCGCUGGCGUUUUCCGCCUGUCCUCUACCGGCAAGGUGACUUCCCAGAAACCCUGUUUCCUUUGGAAUAGGAUGGAGGCCUGCAUGGGCGACGCGUGUGAGUUCAAGCACAUGUAUCCCCCGCUCUUCGUCGCCGACCUCAAAGAGCGGAUCCAACACUGCGCCCAACGCAUCCAUCGGGAAGCUGGGCGCGAUCCGACCAAACGUGCUAUCUCGAAGGCGGAGAACGGUCACAUGGACCGCCACUGCUCGAGAAGCCGGCCUAGGCGAGGGGACCGGGGAGCUGGGGCCAGGUCCCCCGGCUCAGAAGGCGGAGGAACGGACCUCGCCACCCCGCAACAGCCCCAGCAAGAGCAGCCUUCGCGCUCCACCAAUCUGCUUGACGACACCGCUUCGUCGAUCGGUCUAGGCAAUAUGUUCAGCCACGGUACCCCAUCCCGUCGGCGUCGGAGCACAUCCGCCGUGUCGGAGACGCCUAGCGAGCACCGUCGCAGAGGUGGAAAGCGCAGGCAGCGGAGCCCCGGGUGGAUGACGACGGGAACCACAGUAGAGUCCGACGAGGUGGACGAGCCCGCGUUGGAAGGGACGAAUGACGCCAUAGACGAGGCAUCCGAUCCAUCGGAGGAGACCGAAGAUCCGGAGCCGAGGGUGGUACCGGAUGACGUGGUCAAGCCGGAGAUCCCCGAGAAAGUCGAGACCUCGCUCGGGGGUGGCGCAAAGAUCUGCGAAGGGGAGACCGUACCGUUGUUCCAAGGAAUGGGGACGGGCGAGUUGAACCGCGAACCAUGGACGUCCGAGAGCAUACGAGCGUACUGGGCACCUGAUCGUGUCCAAUGCAUCUUCAUUCUGCUUUUGUACUUCUACCUUCCAAACUUCAACAGACGGAGCCCAAGCCCGGCGUACUACCGGUACGCUAGCGAAUAUCGGGACGACCGGGACCACCGCAACCGCCGGGACUAUCGGGACGACCGAGAUUAUUGGGACGACCGGGAGUACCACCGGGAACGGCACUCUCGGGACCGCGGCUUCAGCCGUGAACGUCAGCGCAGCCGGACACCUACGGCGCGACCCCAAGCCGCCCCUCCCAUUCUUCAAGGUUUCCCUGUCCAACCUGGGACCCCAAUCUUACCCGUCCCCGGUUCCACAAUUAUCACCUCCAACCCCCAACCGGUCGUGCCGCCCGCGGCGCCCGCAGCGGCGCAGGAUGAUACCAACUCGGAAUGGUUCCAGGAGGAGACGAAGGAGGAGGAGACCGCUCGAAAACUCAAGGAGUUGUUGGCGGAGCCAGACACCACGCCGGUCAAACCGACCGAGCAGUGUGAGUUCUGCUUCAAGGUGCACCCGGUAGCGGAGAAGUGCACAUUCCAAGCAUGGGUGUCGCAUCGGUCGGACGUAGCGUCGGUCAGAGGUGCCGAAGGCGCGCGGCGUCGUGUGGUAUCGGUGCGGGCAUCGUAUCCCUGA